AAACAGCAGCCGCCGCUGCCCCAACAGCCCCAGCCCGCGCCCUUGCUCCUGCUGCCCCCGCCUCGUCCCGAGCCCUCACCACCGACCCCCGCCCUGCCCUCGCCCCCGCCCCCGCUGCUGCUGCUGCCCCACGCGGGCCGCUUCGGGGGCCGGACCCUGGAGGAGAUUUGGAAAGCAGCCACCCCAGUAUUGACCACCUUCCCCACCAUCCGCGUUGGCCACGACGUGUGGGGCGAACGGAGCCUGGCGGCGGCGCGGCGCAGAGCCCAGCAGGUCCUGCGAGUGAACCUGGAGCCCGUGGUGAGGCUCCGCCGCUUUCCAGUAGCCACGUCCUGAGACUUAGAGGGGACCAACCCUCACCAAUCCCCCACCCCAGACCCAUCCCCUUCCCCUUCCUAUGGACCCCGGCUCGGCUACCCGUCUACACGCGGAGACUUCUCUCUUCCAUUCGGUGGGACUACCCACCACCCUUCUUCCCCACUUUUCAAACCGAGGAGUCGAUGCCGCCGCUGCCGCCGUCUCCCCUGGGGACUGAGCUUCCGCCAGGAGAAAUGAACAAGUGUCAGUCUAGUGUUUACAAUUCCGGCCUGGACCGUGUCCCCUUAGUGCACUUUAUGGGCAAAGAAAGUUCAUCUGAUUGCUUCUCCCCUUCCCCCUGCCCCCCCCACCCCCACCCCAGUCCCGGGAUGAAGGAACCAUCUGAGUCUUGUUCCUCCUCUUCACCUUGAUUCUGCUGACUGGAGAAGGCACAUCUGGACUCCCGAAGGGGCAGGACCGCAUCCUUCCCCCACCCCCACGCCUCACCCCUCACCCCUCACCCCAGA